UUCGGGCUUGUUCAAAAUUUGACCACUUCUCGACCCAAAACCAACCCGAUUUGCAGCCCUAGUAGUCUAGCAGCACAAUUGGCCAUCGGUAGUGGUACGCGGAUUUAAACAAUAAGAGCUCACUAAUCGCCAUUUGUUCGCGCAAUUUCCCGAAACCCGAACUGGAACUCACAAUUAGAGAGAGACAUUGAAGUAUUUUGUGAAUUGUGUGAUUCAAGGUGGAAUCAGAAAGCGUGAAGCAAGGAGAUGGUGAACAAGGCAUGGAAGAUAAUCCCGCGGCCAUUGCUAGAGACUGUUCUCAACAAUCAUGCUCAGCACCACCGUGUCCCGCAACCUCUCAUUCUCCACGGACCAAGGGGCGUCGGAAAAACUUCUCUUAUCCUCCACCGUCUCCUAGACGAUUGGAAUAAAGGACCCCAUGUAACCGGCUACGUCGAUUUCGGCCUUGCAGUGGAAGAUCAGAACCACAGCAAUCAGACCUCUCCAUGGGCUUCAUGGUCCACUUGUUCACCUCCCACCCUUCCCUCCCUCCGUUCCCAGCUCGAGAGAUGCCUUGAAUCAAUGGUCCAAAAGGGCGUUCGCCUCGGCUCCAUCGGUUCUCAACAAGUCUUCUCCACCCUCAACAAAUGGCAUGGACUCAACACCGCCCUCCGCCGCAUUCUCCAAAACAACACCAGUUAUUCCUCCACUGCUAUCACCGUCGCCAAUGACAAGGUUCCUACUUCUGUAUUAUGGUCCAGGGCGAUAUUUGCACUAUCUGCUCGAUCAAAGACCGAUGAGAUUGACUCACUACUGGGGUUACACGAGAAAGGUAAGCUUGUUACUCUCGAAGAAGCCUCCUACUUCAGGGAAGCAAUGCUGUCCCUGCGGUUGGCAAAAGAGGUGCUUGAGGUGCAGCAGGGCUGGCGAGCUAAGGCAAUUGCUCACUUAAAUAGAACUGGUGGGUUUUCGAGGUCCCUUGCAAAUUCGGCUACUGAUUGGCCGUGCUUAUUGUUGGAACUUUUGUCGGCCUCCGCUGAGAUCGAUUACUUUCAGCCAAAGCUGGUCCUAAACAAUAUUGAUCUUCUUCGCAAUGCAAUUUUAACGGAUGAGUCAACAGUCUCUGCCUCAAUGUAUCAUGACAGUCUUAUUUACAGAUUAAUAGCAUUGGGUGUCAAUGAGAGGUGCCUGCCCGUUAUACUUAUAACAUCUGAUAGCUACUAUUCAUACCGAGCCUAUAUGGACUUUGGGUUUCCAGAUAUAUUCAUCUCCCGAGAGACAUUUGGAUGGACUCCUCAAGAGGCUAAAAUGCACAUGGUUGCUGAUUACUUCACAGCAUCUGAGUGGGUACUGAUUGCUGAAGUGCUAGGGCCAAAUCCAAGACACCUCUCUGAGCUUUAUGCACUUAAGCAAAGUAGUUAUUACAACGAAGGAACUUUUGAGGACAUUAUAGAUGCAUAUUUGGCAUUUUUGCAAGURACUGUAGUCAAUCCUGCCAUGGAAUCAGCAUUGUCCAUUUUGCAACAGUUUGCCAUUGAUGCAUGCAAUGGAAAGAUUUCAAAAGAUCGACUGCGCUUUGGUGCUCCAUGGAGGCAUCCCCCGCAUACGGACAAUCCUACUAUGCUUUUAGAAUGGGCAAAGCUUCAACUAACUGAUUUCGUUCAAUCUUUUGUUAAGGCUGAAUUUGGGGUUAACUAUCUAGCUGAUUGUAGCCUUGAGAUCCUGGAUGAUCCUUCUGCGACGGCAAUGAUGGAGGUUGGUUUACUAUAUGCACAACGGGAUCCAUCCUUCAUUCGCCCUGUCUCUCGAGGUAUUCAGAGGUGCCUUGUUAGAUGGCUUGUCCAGGAAAAGAUGAAGAUGGCCUUUGUCCAGUCCCUCCGGUAUUUGUGGCAGAGACUUGUGCGUGGCCGCAGCUAUCGCCAUUUGAUGAAGGAAGCAGGCUAUAAGUAGACUAGUAAAGUUUGUAAAACCACGUGUACAUGAUUGUUUCGUUUGCCUUCACCCUCUAGUUAAUCUCAUUUUGCCAACCAUAAUGAAUUUUGUUUGACUGAUCUGCUUAGUUUUACUUGUGGACUUAAUCUACUCUUUAAUAACUAUUAAUUUUGAACUUAUGUUUUGCAAAAUUGUAUGAAUAACCUUUCAGGCUAGUUGUGGCUAAGGCAUAUGCAUGUUGUACUGGUGUAUAUCUUUCCAUUGCUAUCACUUCAGGGCACAGGCAGUGGUGGAAUCUGCUAAAAUGGAGACUCCAGCAAUUGAUAUAUUGCCAUGAGGAAAGCAAGUCCUGAUGUUAAUAUGCAUGUGGACCAAACAUGAAGCACCUUUUUAAAUGUUAUCAAGCACCGUCUUGCUGAAGAUGAUUAUUUUGGUCUAUCAGUGUAAAAAUGGGAGUUUUAGUUCAAGAAAAUGAAAAAAAUGGGUGCUUGUUUAUUGUUCCAGAGGAUGAAGUCCGGUCAGUAAACAAAUUAUUGAAAUUAGUAAGACCGCUUUUUAGGUCUCCUUUAGCAUGAAUUGUUUUUUUUUUUCCUUGACAACUGUAACGUCUCCCAAGAGCUUGUCAAAUACAGUCAACUAUCAAAGGAGGGAUGUGAUGCCCUGGAUCCUCUUAAGGAUGCAGUAUCACAGUGUAUGCUGAGCAUUUGCAUAUCAAAUGUCUGGAGUUGACAUUUCAUCUCACUGUUUGUUAGUAUUUAGUCAUUGCAUUUUGGCUUCU